GUUCCAGACAUCCAGUAAAGUAAACUUUACAGUUUCUUCUUCAUCUUCUUUCAGAUCUUAUUGUGUUCAUUACUUUUGUUAACUGUGCGAAGUAUAUCAGAUUAAUUUUCAAGUUAAAAAUCUAGGUUAGUGUGGAAACAGCGAACUGAAGACAUUUAUUUCUCUGAUUUUCUUUGGGAGGGGGGGAGGUUGUAACACGGAUUUGAUCAAUUUGAUUAUUGAAUUGGAGCUCAGAUCUUCUCUGGGUUUUAAUCAGGAAUGAUACUUCAAAUAUCCAUAUUGAACUCAAGGAGAAGUUGAACUGUCUAAUUUAGAUAGUUGUUAAAAUUAUGUUUUGGAGAGACCGAGAAAGGGAAAGCAACGAGUCUAAUGGAGGUCCUCCUUGUGGGCAGAUCAGAGUACUUGUAGUUGGAGAUUCAGGUGUGGGAAAAUCGUCACUAGUUCAGCUCAUUGUUAAUGGUUUGUCUAUUGCUCGUCCUUCUCAAACAGUGGGGUGUUCAGUAAAUGUGAAGCAUACAACUUAUGGAAGCUCUGGUAGCUCUUCUAAUAGCAGUAAAGGUGAUUCAGAAAGGGACUUCUUUGUUGAACUUUGGGAUAUCUCAGGACACGAGCGAUACAAAGAUUGCCGAUCUCUUUUCUAUUCGCAGAUUAAUGGUGUUAUAUUCGUCUACGAUCUCUCCCAACCAAGGACAAAAAAGAGUUUGCAGAAGUGGGCAGUUGAAAUCUCAGCAAAUGGAUCAUUCUCAGCUCCUUUAGGAUCUGGAGGUCCUGGUGGCCUACCUGUACCAUACAUUGUUAUUGGCAACAAAGCAGAUGUUGCAGCAAAAGAGGGCCCACGAGGAAGCAGUGGAAACCUUGUCGACGCUGCUCGCCAGUGGGUGGAAAAACAAGGUUUACUCCCAUCUAGCGACGAACUUCCGCUGACUGAGAGCUUUCCAGGCAGUGGAGCGCUUCUUGCUGCGGCUAAAGAAGCAAGAUUUGACAAGGAAGCUGUGACAAAAUUCUUUCGCAUGUUGAUCAGGAGAAGAUAUUUUUCCGAAGAAUUACUUGCAUCAAAUCCAUGGUCUGUUAGUCCAUCUCAGAGACCUGUUCACCAUUCAGGAGAUAGUUUGAGCGAUGAUGAUCAUUAUCGCAAAGCUCAAAAUUUAAGCGGUGAUCCGUACAAGUAUAACAUGCUUCCUCCCCUUCCAGCUCAACGGAACCUGACACCACCUUCGACGCUUUAUCCCCAACAACCUGUGUCUGUUUCUGACAACUAUCACCUCCCAAGUUUUGCCAUGUCAGCUGGGUCUCAAGAGGUUGGUAACUCAAGGUCUAAGAGAAUGGAUAUUAAUGUGUAAUUUGUUUGACCCAUCUGAACUUCUCCUGUAAGUUGCAUCACUGGUUUGGACUUUGGAUGUCGAAAUCUGCAUCAUUGUUCUAUGAGUUUGGUGGGUUUUUUCUGUAUCUCAUCAUUAGGUUAACUGAAUGCUCGAAUGUAUAUGGAUAGAUGAUUAUCAGUUCUCAUACAAAUAUUGAAUUUUAUUCUGUAAUGCUGGAUACUAGAAAUAACCCGUGUCCUAAGGGUAUUGGUUUUGGUUUGAUCGUGUUUUCUUCGUGAUAAAGAAAACAUUUGUCGUGCA